UGCUCCUCACACUCUUUUCGAUCCCAAUAACCCACCAAGCCCACAUAAUCGCAAUUCAAGAACCCCCCCUCCAUAAUGGGAAACCCCCCCCAGUGCCGUCCUUUACACUCCUUUGCCCCUCACCCGUCAGAGCAGAUGAUAAAAUAUCCUCAUGCAUCUACCUUAAUACCAACAUCCUUGAUAAGAAUUCCUUCGCUGCCCUUCCAUCGCACAGAGGAGAUAUCGUUUCCGUCAAUCUCUUCUGUAAAACAAGCAUAAAUACCCACUUAACUGUUACGAUAACCAGUCUAUAUAAUAGACAACUGGACAACGCCACCCGGUCGCUAAGCCCUCCAAGUAUCUUUAGUACAUCCGAUAACCCACGCCUAAUCUUAGGAGAUUUUAAUAUCCACUCCCCCUCCGCCGACCCUCUCCGCUCCCUCUCCCAGCGAGAACUCCGCCUCUCACAGCCCUACUUCGACACAGCAACCCGCUUUGGGUUCCUACUCCUAAAUACCCCAGGCAUUCACACCAGACUAUCCCCUGACCCCAAUAAAAGGCAUAGCGUGAUAGACCUCGCUUUCGCCAACCCCCAGGCCAACGCUCUAGUCAGGAAAUGCACCCCCCUAUCAAACACGUCAGGAUCCGAUCAUCGAAUCAUCGCCAUCUCAAUGUCACUCCCGUCAGCAGACUUCACCCCAUAUCGAACCCCCAAUUGGAAGCGAACAAACGGGCCCCCCCUCACCGACGAACUCAAACAAACCACAAUCCCCCCAUGCCCCAUGCCCGCCAUGGUAGAUGAUUGGUUUGAAAAAUCCCUCACCGCUCUUACAGACCUUAUAAAGUCACACACGCCAAUGAAAACGAUCUCCCAGUGGUCAAAACCAUGGUGGACAGGGAACCUCACCCAACUCCGAACCAUCUUCCACACAGUACACAGAGCAUACAGGAAAGGCAGAGCGCCCCCUUUCGAAAUGAAAGCCGCCAAAAAUGCCUACUUCAAUGCAAUAAAACAAGCAAAGCAAGAGCACUGGAACUCAUUCGUUUCCAACGCCAGGUCCCAGGACCUCUGGAGACUGAAGAAAAUGGCAUCAAAGAUGGAAGACCGUGUCCCCUCACUCCCAAACUCACCCACACCCACCCUCCUCAAUAAGAACCUAAUCAACGCCUUCUUCCCACCUAGAACAGAAACACCAUCACCACCACCCAUCAACUACCAAGACGUGACACCCAUAACCCCUGAGGAAGUCCAAAACGUCUUGAAAACAACCUCCAAUCUCUCAGCAUCAGGCCCAGACACAAUCCCAUACAGUGUCUGGAAGAAAAUCCAUAAGGCAAACCCCCUCAUCAUAACCUCCCUCCUCAACCCACUCCUCGCGCAUGGAUACCACCCCCUCUCUCUCAAAAGAGCCAACGGUGUUAUACUUGCAAAACCAGGAAAGUCCGACUACUCCUCCCCCGCGGCGUACAGAAUUAUCGUCCUCCUUCAAACCUUCUCCAAAAUUCUGGAAAAGAUCGUCACACUUCGCCUUGCAAAGAUCGCAACCGCCACAGGCCUUAUCCACCCCCACCAAUGCGGUUCUAUCGCCGGCCUCUCUACAGCCGACGCCGUUACUACGCUAAUACAUGAGACGAAAGCAAUGCAGCUAGCUAAGCUGAAAGUCUCCACCCUCUUCCUCCACAUCAAAGGGGGCUUCGACCAUGUUCUUAAACAAACCCUUGCCCCCCUCCUCGCCGCCAAAUCAGUCCCCCUAUACAUAAUCAACUGGACCCUAUCCUUCCUCUCCGACAGGCACAUCACCCUCCUGUUUAAAGGCUCCCCGAAGAUCCCCACUCCAGUUCAAGUAGGGGUGCCCCAAGGUUCCCCCAUCUCCCCCCUUCUCUUCGUCAUCUACGUCAAUUUCCUCCACAACUACGACCCAUCCCCUGGACUCACCCUCUCAUACGUGGACGACUUCGCCAUCACAGUCGGCUCAACAUCAUACCAGCAAAACAUUACCAUCCUUCAGAAUCACUACCAAACGCUAACAGCCCUGGCCACGCCUCAAAAUGUUUCCUUCUCAGUAGCAAAAACAGAGUUAAUGCACUGGCGAACACCAAGAGACAAAUCCCCGACCUGCCACACCCCAAUCCUCCUAGACGGACAAGAAUUCCAACCCGGGUACCAAGUCAGAUGGGUGGGCUUCUGGCUCUCCCCCUCUUUUAACCCCAACACCCACUUCCUAAGGAGACUAGCCUCAGCAAGGUCGGCCUUCGGCCUUAUCCAACGCUUCUCAUCCGCAGGCAAAGGCCUCUCCUCCCGCAACUGCCAAAAGGCCGCCACCCUAGUGAUAAGACCCAUGCUUACCUAUGGCGCAAACGUUCUCACCUGUAACAGCAACUAUGUAUUUCGGCUAGAUAAUAGAUUGGUACGAGAUAAGGAGGUAUUGUGUAGUGGGAUUAGGAUUUGUAAUGAGGAUUUCUGUUAUGUUCUUUUAGUUUCUGUUACGCGGAAGUAUUAG